AUAGUACUCUGCCCUCAGCCUUGGCUGUUAUAUAAAGAGACUGGGACACCGUGUACCUUCCCAUUCGGAUUCAGCCCAAAGUUCACCAGCCCACAGAACCAACAUGCCUGCAGACUUCAAUGGCAAAUGGGAGUUGGAGAGCAGUGAGCACUUUGAGGAUUACAUGAAAGCACUGAACAUUGACUUUGCCACACGCAAAAUCGCAGUGCAGCUGGCCCAGACCAAAGUGAUCAUCCAGGAUGGAGACAAGUUUGAAGUCAAGACGCUGAGCACCUUCAGGAACUAUGAGCUGAGGUUCACUGUGGGGGUGGAGUUUGUGGAGCACACCAAAGGACUGGACAACAGGGUGGUCAAGGCUCUCGUGGUGUGGGAUGGGGAAAAACUAGUGGGUAGCCAGAAGGGGGAAAAGGACAACCGUGGGUGGAAGCACUGGAUCGAAGGAGACAAACUUCACCUGCCUCUCAGGCUGGACAUCAAGCGGAAGCUGACAGCCCGGUCAGACCGGGUGAAGAGUGUGGAUCUCCACCCGACCGAGCCGUGGAUGCUGGCCAGCCUGUACAAUGGUAGUGUCUGCGUCUGGAACCAUGAAACACAGACCUUGGUGAAGACCUUUGAAGUGUGUGACCUUCCAGUGAGAGCAUCAAAGUUUGUAGCCAGGAAGAACUGGGUCAUAACAGGAGCCGAUGACAUGCAGAUCCGUGUGUUCAACUACAACACCCUGGAGAGGGUUCACAUGUUUGAGGCCCACUCUGACUACAUCCGUUGUAUUGCCGUGCAUCCCACCCAGCCCUACAUCCUCACAAGCAGUGACGACAUGCUGAUUAAGCUGUGGGACUGGGAGAAGAAGUGGUCUUGCAGCCAGGUGUUCGAGGGCCACACCCACUACGUCAUGCAGAUUGUCAUCAACCCUAAAGACAACAACCAAUUUGCCAGUGCUUCUCUGGACAGAACCAUCAAGGUUUGGCAGCUAGGCUCCUCUGCUCCUAACUUCACCCUUGAGGGUCAUGAGAAAGGUGUCAACUGCAUUGACUACUACAGUGGUGGGGACAAGCCCUACCUUAUAUCAGGAGCUGAUGACCGCCUGGUCAAGAUCUGGGACUACCAGAACAAGACGUGUGUGCAGACCCUGGAGGGACACGCCCAGAAUGUGUCGUGUGUCAGCUUUCACCCAGAGCUGCCCAUCAUCAUCACAGGCUCAGAGGACGGCACUGUGCGCAUCUGGCACUCGAGUACGUACCGUCUGGAGAGCACGCUGAAUUACGGCAUGGAGCGCGUGUGGUGUGUGUGUGGCCUGCGAGGCUCCAACAACGUGGCCCUGGGUUACGAUGAAGGCAGCAUCAUCAUCAAGCUGGGGCGUGAGGAGCCAGCCAUGUCCAUGGACACCAAUGGGAAGAUCAUCUGGGCCAAGCACUCAGAGGUGCAGCAGGCCAACCUGAAGGCCAUGGGCGACACCGAGAUCAAGGACGGAGAGAGGCUGCCGCUGGCCGUCAAAGACAUGGGCAGCUGUGAGAUCUACCCCCAGACCAUUCAGCACAACCCCAACGGAAGGUUUGUUGUGGUGUGUGGAGACGGAGAGUACAUCAUCUACACUGCCAUGGCACUGAGGAACAAGAGCUUCGGCUCAGCCCAGGAGUUUGUCUGGGCACACGACUCCUCAGAGUAUGCCAUCAGAGAAAGCAACAGUGUGGUCAAAAUCUUCAAGAACUUCAAAGAGAAGAAGUCUUUCAAGCCAGACUUUGGGGCUGAAGGUAUCUAUGGAGGCUUCUUGCUGGGCGUCAGGUCAGUGAAUGGUCUGGCCUUCUAUGACUGGGAGAACACAGAGCUGGUCCGCCGCAUUGAGAUCCAGCCCAAACAUAUCUUCUGGUCAGACUCAGGGGAGUUGGUGUGUAUAGCCACAGAGGAGUCCUUCUUCAUCCUGCGCUACCUGUCCGAGAAAGUAGCCGCCUCCCAAGAGAACAAUGAGGGAGUGACGGAGGACGGCAUCGAAGACGCCUUUGAGGUCCAGGGGGAGAUCCAGGAAGUGGUGAAGACAGGUCUGUGGGUGGGAGACUGCUUCAUCUACACCAGCUCUGUCAACAGACUCAACUACUUUGUGGGGGGAGAGAUUGUCACCAUCGCUCACCUGGACAGGACCAUGUACCUCCUGGGCUACAUCCCCAAGGACGACCGCCUGUACCUGGGCGACAAAGAGCUGAACAUCGUCAGCUACUCCCUGCUGGUGUCUGUGCUGGAGUACCAGACAGCUGUGAUGCGCAGGGACUUUGGCAUGGCUGACAAAGUGUUGCCCACCAUCCCCAAGGAACAGAGGACCCGUGUGGCCCAUUUCCUGGAGAAACAGGGCUUCAAGCAGCAGGCUCUGGCCGUGUCGUCAGACUCGGAGCACAGGUUUGAGCUGGCCCUGCAGCUUGGGGAGUUGAAGAUCGCCUAUCAGCUGGCUGUGGAGGCAGAGUCGGAGCAGAAGUGGAAGCAGCUGGCAGAGCUGGCCAUCAGUAAGUGCCAGUUUAGCCUGGCCCAGGAGUGCCUCCACCAUGCCCAGGACUACGGCGGCCUGCUGCUGCUCGCCACGGCCUCGGGCAACGCCGCCAUGGUGGGCAAGCUGGCCGAGGGCGCUGAGCGGGACGGCAAGAACAACGUGGCCUUCAUGACUUAUUUCCUGCAGGGGAAACUGGACCACUGUCUGGAGCUGCUGAUCCGGACCAACCGGCUGCCCGAGGCGGCCUUCCUGGCCCGCACCUACCUGCCCAGCCAGGUGUCCAGGGUGGUCAAGCUGUGGAGGGAGAGCCUGGCCAAGGUCAACCAGAAGGCGGCCGAGUCGCUGGCCGACCCCACCGAGUAUGAGAACCUGUUCCCCGGUCUGAAGGAGUCGUUUGUGGCCGAGCAGUUCCUCCGGGAGACCUGCCUGGGCAACUCCCGGCCAGCCACCGACUACCCUCUGGUCACACCCAAUGAAGAACGUAAUAUACUAGAGGAUGCCACGGGCUACGAGCCCAAAGGAGUUCCCCUCUCACUUGCCACACUGGUACCGGGUGAAGACCGCAGGGAGGAGGAGACCACGUUGGCUGCUGGAGUGCUGGCGUCCGUGUUGACGGCCCCCGCGAUCCCCUCGGAGCCAGAGCCUGAGGCUGCACCUGCUGUGGCUGCACCUGAAGAGGAAGAGAGCCCCGGUUCAUCUGAGGCACUGAAGAACAAUGCCCUGGACGAACUUGAAGAUGACCUGGACAACAUGGAGCUGGACGACAUCGAUACCACAGACAUUAACCUGGAUACCACAGACGUUAACCUGGAUACCACAGACGUUAACCUGGAUACCACAGACGUUAACCUGGAUACCACAGACGUUAACCUGGAUACCACAGACGUUAACCUGGAUACCACAGACGUUAACCUGGAUACCACAGACGUUGACCUGGAUGACGACUUCUUAGAUGACUGAGAACCCCCCCCCCCCCGCUAUGAAUUUAUUUAAGAGACCAAACCCCCUUUUGUAUUUGUACUUAACAUGUGUUUUGUUAGUCCUACGGUGUUUGGAAGACUGAGUCGAUGAUAAAUCCAUGCGAGGGGAAAGAGGCAAAUUAUACGUCUUGAUUCUUAAGCAGAUUUUAUACUUCAUCCAGGGUCUUACCUUCAGUAACUAUCCGUGCAUUGAGCUAUAUAUUUACUCUCUGUAUGUGUACAAUGAUAAAUCACUGUUCAUUUACGCCUAAUAAAUUCCUAUUGCUGUACAUUUGAA